AAAAUAAUGUAUGUAUGUAGUUUAAGUUGAAACAUUGCUGAAAAUUACAACAAUAACAACAACAAACAAAACUGGUCUACGCGCUUUCCAUAAACGGGAAGACCAACAAAUUAUGUGCCAUUUUCUAAACUAAUUAGUACAGUCGAACCGAGACUAAAGCAUAAAAUACAAAAUAAAACCACAAGUAAUCAAAUUAAAUAAUUUAAAAAUUAGUGUACAUAAUAAUUCAUAAGUGAUAAGUAAUAACAAAAACAACAAAUUUACAUGCUAAGCUUAGUGUAUUAUGUGCUAAUUUCAAGAAAAAAUUAAGUAAUAGUAAAUAAAAUAGUGAAACACCGAUAUUUCCUAUAAUGCAAAGAAGCUUUAAAAAUGCAACAAUAACAAAAAUAUAAGAAUCGAAAAAACAAGUGGAAAUUAACAAGGUCGUAGGUAUUCUUAACAGUAUUAUUAACACGUUAACACACAAACUUCCACCUACCAAACCAAAACAACACGCGUGACCCCCACAACGUGAAAAUAAAGGGAAAAUCAAAAAAACAACAGCAAAAAAAAUCCAAUACAAAACAAUCAUAAUAAAGCAACAGUGCACUAGCAGCACAACACGGUGCCACACAGCGCGCUAACACGACGCGACAAACCCACACAACAACAAAAAAUAAAAGAAAAUAAACAACAACAACAACAACAACAACAACCACAAACAAAAGGCGCAUAAAACACAGGCUGGAGCAAAACCGUGUGGAGUCGACGCAGACAUACAAAAAGUGUGCGCCUGAAUUAGAAAAAUAACAAAAAACGACGCAAACACACACAUACAACAAUAAGCAGAAAAAAGAAAAACGAAAAUGUCCUGCAUAUCCAGCAAUUUCAGCUCGUUCUUCCUCAAUUCCCUCAACGAUUCGUCAGAAUUCGCCAAGUAUUUGAGCAAUGGCGAGUUAAAGUUUUCGUCCUUCGAGGAUUUUCAAGUGUUCGGCUCGGGUGCGGGCGCUGGCACGUCACCAGCGUCGCCAUCGCCAGCAGCUGGUGCCGCAGCCUCAUCAUCAUCAUUAACAGCGCAGCAGGCAGCAUCGCAACAACAGCAACAACAACAGUAUUACAAUGGUGGUGUUGGUAAUAGUGGCAACAACAACAAUGCCAAUAUAAGCGCUGGCGCCAACGCGACGGGGUUACCAAGCGGCAUUGAACAGCCAUAUAAUAACGGUGUGGCCGCAAUGAAUUCCAUUGGUAAUUGUGGCGGCACGGAAACGGCCAACACUUCCGCAUUAACGCCCGCCAACGCCUCCAAUACGGCACCGGCCGGCGUGCAACAGCUGCAACAUGGCGCACAUUUGCAUGCCGCACAUCACACACCCCAACAUCCCAACACUCACCUGUCACAUCACCCGCACCAACAUCCACAUGCGCAACAUCCUUACGCCGGUCAUGCACCGCAUACACCUGGCAGUCUAGCCGCUCCCAGCAAUGCCUUUCAUUCACACAAUCACCUCGCUUCACCGCACCUAACAACAGCUGCGACGACGCCAAAUUAUCCGACAACGCCACAGCGUUGGACAACAACUGCCGGUGCGAGUCCAAUGGUUAGCGGCUCGUCGGGCACACCACAUCCUAUAACGCAAUUGCAGAAUAGCAAUCAAUCGGGCACGCCUAUUGCGGCCAAUCCGAGUGGUGCACAGCAUUUUGAUGGUUCCUUUGAAUUCCUAAAAUACCUGCGUCACUCGAACGAUUACAAUAAUAGCGAGCCGCAAGGUGAUGCUGUCGCUGCCAGCGCCUCAGCUGGUCAAGUGCAAGCAUCAUCAUCAUCGUCGUCUAGCUUGAUCGAUUUGGAUAGUAGCACGUCGCAUAAAUCACGUUCUUCACGCAAAGCCGCCGCUCUAUUGUCUUCCGUAUCGCGCACUUCGAAUAGCCUUGAUGCCAAUGCGCUGGACGUCUUCGAUCAUGAUUCCAAACACACCAUUUUCGAUAUGCAUCACAUGACGGCUACAAAUAGUUCCAACUCGAAUGAAUCCUCCAUGGAGGUAUCCAAUUUGGCCUUUCCUAGCUCACACCUCAACGCUUCCAACUCGAAUACUUCUUCUGAGGGCGCCGCCACUGGCAGUUCGGAUUUCGCUAUGUUACACUCGAGUUCGGCGGCAAGCGCGCCCAAGCCAUUGGCUACCUUCACCAUCAAAGAUAACUUUGAUGUGCAUCCAUCGCACAAGGUGGAGGAGGGCAUAUUCCAGCAUAUGAAUAAGUUGCCGGCGAAGAAGAAGGAAAAUUUGAAACAAUUAGGUGUGCGUUUCACCGGUCAAAUGACGCUCUCGGAUAAAUCGAUAGUUGUCGAAAACUUCAUCAAGUUCUGUCAGGAAUACGACGUACAGGAUCAUCGACCAUUUCUCUCACUCAAUCAAAGUGGCUUAAAUAAGGCGGAUCAAAUAAAGUUUGCCCGUUAUUUGGGGCAGGGACUACCCACAUUCACGCUUUUCUGCAUUUAUAGUAAUUUCAAAAAUCUUUUCUGCACUAAACGAACAGAAAUCUACACAAAAGAUGGUUACAAUUUGCCUUAUAUAUUGGACAAAACGAAACGUUUUCUAUCAAAUACAACAGCAGAUUUAAAGAACAUGGUGCAUCAGCAAUCCAGUGAUGGCAUGGAUUUCGGACCGAAUGCUGGCGGUGGCUUGGACGGUGCCGGCGGCGGUGCGCGAGUCAGCAGCGGUUUUGAUGCGUUACCAGCGCGUUGUAUAAUGCCGAAGGUUUUGGAAAAUCUAAUGAUUUACGAAAAUUUCGAUGUACACGAAACACAUCGUGUCGAGGAUGGGGUCUGUACACAUAUAACACGUUUGCCGCCGAAAAAGCAGGAAAUAUUCAAACAGUUCGGUAUUCAGAGUAAUCAAACGGUAACCUUUUACGAAAAGUACAUAAUCGUCGAAAACUUCAGCAAAUUUUGCAAUGAAUAUAAGAUUUCCGAUCAUAGACCCUUUUUGGACUUCCAUGAGAGUGGCCUACCCAAAUGUGAGCAGGUCAAAUUUGUACGAUAUUUGGGGCAGGGAUUGCCAAAUUUGACACUCAACAAGAUAUACUUAUCCUUCAAGGAUCUAUUGGGAAUGAAUCGCAUUGAGAAAACAACCGCUGAUGGCUACAAUUUGGAUAUGAUUUUGAAGAAGAAGAAAAAGAAUUUAUACAAUCGCAUGCAGGCCGCAGUUCAUAGAGAGAGUAGUGAACCGGCGCCGCCAACUCAAGCCAACGCUCAACCGACAACCGCACAACCGACGCAUCUCGAUGGCUUCAAGACCUAACAAUAACCAUUACAAGCGCACGAGUGCUAUAGCGUGGAGUCGCGGCUGGGCGUGAUGUGGCGGUGGAGUGCAAAGCAAAUGAAAGCAUUAAACUUGAAAUUAUACUUCCUGGAACUGGACCCGAAACUGUUGUGUCUUCAAAAAUUCAUGCAAAAAAUUAUGUUAAUUAAAAA